GACAGAAAGAGGUAAAUCUGUACAAUUUUGUAAUCUUGAUUUAAGAAUUGUUAUUAUCUUGUCUUGCAAGUAUUUCUACGGCCAUAAUUAUUUCAGUCUGUUGCUCAUUUUAAAUUGAGUUUUCUUUUGGAUUUUGAUGCCUGGUGGUCAUUGUGUUUUAAGUUGGAAAAGAAAAUCGAAAUCGACCUGAAAUAUGCGAAUGGCAUCGGCAUGUGCGAUUUUUGUGCUUUUCCUCCUCCUUCCGUCGCUUAUUAAUGCAGACACCCAUACAAAUUUUAUCUUCGACAGAUUCAAUGCGUCGUCCCUCGAAUUGUUUGGUAAUGCCUCACUGAAGUCCAAUGCCAUCUCCCUUAAUCAUCCAUCCCGUCUAAACAAUAUCGGCCGUGCUUUUUAUCCACAUCCUGUACGUAUGAAAGAUCGUGGUUCUCCGAAUUCUAUAUCUUCUUUCAGCACAAGUUUUGUGUUUAGCAUUGUUCCUUCUUCAGAUUCACAAUCUGGGUUUGGUCUAGCUUUUUUAAUGACGCCCCACAGGUCUCCAGACGGAUUUUUAUCCAUUCAGUACUUAGGCUUGAUUAGCAAUAUAUCAAGUGUGGGAAAGGCAUCUAAUCAUAUGUUUGCCAUCGAGUUCGACACAUUAAAGAACUUGGAAUUUCAAGACAUUGACGACAAUCAUGUUGGUGUGGAUCUCAAUGAUCUCAAGUCUGUAAACUCUACGCCUGCCGGCUUCUGGACUGCCAACAAUCAGUUCCGAGAUUUGGAUCUCAAAAGUGGACAGAAUAUUCAGGCUUGGAUUGAUUAUGACGAUCUUCAAAACGACCUCAAAGUCACCAUUGCCCAGGCUGGUCUUGAUCGCCCAAAAAAACCACUGUUAUAUAUGAAAAAUAUAUCCCUGUCCAACAUUCUCGAAGAUGAAAUGUACGUUGGUUUCUCUGCAGCUACGGGAGUCAUUUAUGAAGAGAAUUACAUCUUGGCCUGGAGCUUUACUACAAAUGGAACCGCCCCGUCCCUGAAUACAUCUAAUCUUCCAUCCUUUAUACACAAAAAAUCCAAGAGCUCAAACACCAGACUUAUAGCUGGCAUAAGCACAGCUUGCGUCGUCCUCAUUCUCCUCGUAGUGGUAGGAGCAUCGCUUGGCCGGUUGAAGAGAAACCAGUACAGAGAUAUCAUCGAAGAAUGGGAAGAGGAGUAUUGGCCUCACAGGUUUAAGUAUAAAGAACUACAUAUUGCAACCAAGGGCUUCGGAGACGAAGAACUUUUGGGAUCUGGAGGCUUCAGCCAAGUCUACAGAGGAGUUCUUCCCACAAACGGAAUCCAGGUAGCGGUGAAAUGUAUUCCGAGAGAAACAGAUGAUGGGGUUAAGGAAUUCAUAGCAGAGAUCUCCAGCCUUGGUCGCCUUCAACAUCGAAAUCUUCUGCAGAUCAGAGGGUUCUGCAGGCGGAAAAAGCAGCUAUUCAUAGUUUAUGACUACAUGCCAAAUGGAAGCCUGGAGAAAAUGAUAUUUGGAAACCCAAAGAUUGUGUUAGGAUGGACUCAGAGGUACAGAGUCCUCAGGGAUGUCGCUGCGGGGUUGCUGUACCUUCACGAAGAGUGGGAGCAUCGCGUAGUGCACAGAGACAUCAAGUCCAGCAAUGUUUUGCUGGACUCGGAAUUCAAUGGAAAGCUCGGGGACUUCGGCCUUGCCCGUCUGUACGAGCAUAACGAAAACUCGCACACUACUCGUGUGGUAGGAACGCUGGGGUACAUCGCACCAGAGCUCAUACACACGGGAAAGGCAAGUCCCGCCACAGAUGUGUUCGGCUUUGGUAUUUUGAUGUUGGAGAUUGCAUGCGGGAGGAGACCUGUCGAUCCAUCUCUCCAGCCUUCUCAAACGGUCAUGGUGGACUGGUUGAGAGAGCUGCAUGCCAAUGGCAGGCUCAUGGAUGGAGCAGACCCGAAUCUUUGUGGGCAAUAUGUUGAAGCUGAGAUGGAGAAAGUGCUCACAUUGGGGCUGCAGUGUUGUAGUCCUCAGCCAGAAAGUAGGCCUGGCACGAGACAAGUUCUGCAAAAACUUGAAGAAGAAGCUCCAAUUCCAGAUUUGUAUGCUCCGUUUCAAUUGGAAAUGAGUCUAGCCAGCAAUAGUUGGAGAUCUCCUACAAGUUUCAGUCGUAGCACAGAUGCUUCCAUUUCCACUUCUCUUGACGGACUAUAGUCUCUAUGCAAUCUGGUCAAGCUCGUUUUCUGACAGUGUUAUGGUUAAUAUGAUGGAUCUUUGUGUUCUGUACUGUUGGUGCUGUUAUCUUCUUGUUAGUGUCUGUAUAUUCUUCUUGUUAGGGAAUCAGCUUGGAUUUUAGACUUAGCGAUGUAAGCAUUUCCAUUCAAUGAGUAUUUGUAGUUUAGCA